AUAUGGAUUCUGCACAGGGCAUAAUAAAUGUAAUGAUUCAAGCAGGUCUGGAACCAAGCGCAGAUACUUAUACAACUCUUCUGGGUGGUUACGCUGCUAAAGGAGAUAUUGAAAUGGUUAAUAAACUCAUCGCUGAAUGUGAUACAAAGGAAAUAUUCCUGCUUGACAAAGAUUUACUCGACAUAGUUUAUUCAUUAGCAACAAAUGGUCAUACACAGCACAUUCCCACCAUCUUGGCGAAAGUCCGAAAAUCUGUCGGAUAUAAUCAAGAUGCAAUUAAUCUGAUAUUGAGAUUGGUUAACAGGGGUUAUGAAGAGGCAGCAUUUAUGAUUUUGAAGUCUAUGCAAAGAGGAACAAAAGAGGACGGUUCGCCUGCUCCAACUGGCGCAUUUUUUGUUAGGCAGUUGGUAAAAGCUAAAAGACCCUUAAGUGUAAUUAUUGACUUUUGUACUCGCUUGGAAGAAGAGGGAAUGUACGAAAAAGGGAUACUUCGAGCCACGGAAACAAGUCUAGAACUUGGGUAUGAUGAAAUAGCAUAUCCCUUAAUGGAAAAAUUACAAUCUCAUGGUAUACCGGUGAGACAACAUUAUUUUUGGCCUCUCAUCCUCUCCAAAGCAAGCGAUACAAGCGGAAAAAGUAUUAUUGAAGUUUUGCAGAAAAUGCGAGGUUUUGGUAUAUUUCCAAGUACAGAAACUGUUCGAGAAUAUGUUAUACCUAAUCUCAAAGGUAGUAGUAGUGAUAUAUUAGCGAUACUGAGAGACUGCAACAUAUCAGUUGGGAGUGCUGCUUCUUCACUGGUCAUUUCUUUAUUGCAAAAGAAUGAAAUAAAGGAAGCUGCUGCCAUUGCUACACGUGUACAAGUCUAUUACAAUCCUGAAUUCAUUCGAAGACCUCUCACUAAUUCAUUCUAUAAAACGUAUGACAUCCAGUCCUAUAUUGAUAUUUUGAGGGCUGUUCAUGAAGGUUCAGAUAAAAGAAAUGCCAUAUCUUCAAAUAAUAAAGAAGAAGAUGAUGUUGAAGACGAGAGACAAGAGGAAAAACUUGAUAAUUCAGAAAUUGUGGGUACAUUUAUUCUAGAUCUGUCUUCGAACCACAGAAAAUUUGUGGACAAAAUUGAUAAAGUCUUGGAAAAGCUUGUAGAGCAUGGUCUGAGUAUUUCAACUCCAAUUGCUGAGAAAAUUCAAGAAAAAAUGGGUGAGAAAAUGACCAAUAAGAUUUCAACCUUGUUGGGAAAAUUAAGUUCUGGUGAACUAACUCCGGUACCGUUGCUGAAAAAACCACCUAUUUAUACACCUUCACACCAAAUGAAUAUAGACCAGUUGGAAACUUUGAUUGGGAAUUUGGAAGCGAAGAAUCAAGAAACAAAAGGCUUGAAAAGGCAAUUGUUCACUCUGUAUUGUCGCGCAAAAGAACUGGAAAAAGCUGAAAAGUUGAUGGAGGUCUUGCAAAAAGGUGAUUUUGUUUUUACCACUGGAAUAUAUGCACAGUUGAUAGAUCUUUAUGCUCAUCACGGUCACCUUGAGAAAGCCAUGGAAAACUAUGAAAAAAUCAAAGAGACAGAGCAAGAAAACUUUAUGCUAGAUGAUACUAAGUUGAUCAAACUAGCUAACCUCUUGGUUAACUCAGGACGUUUUGAAGACGGAAUCAACAUCCUAGAAAAUACUAAAAGGGACAUAACCAAUUCGGAAAAGAAUUUCAAUUAUAUCUCGUUGCUCUGGAGGUUCCUGAAUGGCCUAGCCGAGGAGGGAAAAGUGGAGGAGCUCAACAAGUUAUUCAAUGUUUUAGUGAAAAAGGAAUUCAUGGAACCCAACAACGUCCUUUUGGGACCUUUGAUAAAAGUACACUUGGUCAACAAAGAGUUAGACAAAGCAGUAGACAAGUUCGAGUGGUGUGUGAAUCAGUACAAGGUUACACCAUGGAAGAAUGAAUUAGCAUGUCAGCUCAUUCAAGCCGAAGAUGCGGACAGGUUGCAAAAACUCACCGAUCUAAGUACAACUGUCCACGGAGAAGUGAACAGCCUUUAUGAUCUUGUAUUCGCGUUUGUUGAAUGUGGUCGCAUUAGGCAGGCAAGGAAAAUUUUAGAGACUCCUGGAUUACAAAGCCGCCCUCAAAGGAUAAAUUCCGCUUGUGAACGUUACCAGCAAGAGGGCCUAAUAAAGCCGCUGGAAGGUUUGAAAGAUGCUACCAAAGACCUCAAUCACAUCGAUCGUAGUGAUAUCUACUUUCAGUUGCUGUUGAGUUAUAUGAAACAAGACGACACCGAGAAGGCAUUAGGGCUGUGGACUCAGAUGCAGGAAGAAGAUUUGGCACCUACCGACAUGUUUUUGAAUACCCUUGGAAGUUUCUUACAGAAAAAAGGCCAACACGUUCCUUUUGUUGUUCCCAAAGAAUCGUCUUCAGAACCAACCAUGAUGUCUGCCGAGGCAGUGAAUUCGCAGAAUAUUUUGAGAAAUUAUUUGAAACGGGGAACACUGAAUGAAGCUCUAGAAUUGGUAAAUACAACUAGAGAUCCAGUCACCAUUGUAGAUCUGUCAAAUUUAAUUGAAAAGUUAGUACAAUCAGAGCGGUUAUCAGAUGCUGCAGAUAUAUGCAUAAAAGUUCUAAAUAAGGGUAAAAUUCCAACCAAUAGAGUGUUUAGAUUUUUACUUAAUAAAUUAGCGAAUAAUGGUGAUGUAGACACUCUCAGUAUAAUUGGAUCAAAAAUCGAUUCUCCAGUAAAAAGAAAUUUAUCUUUCGAUAAUAGGAUGUGCCAAGCGAACUUGGUAGCUGGCAAGGCACACGAUUACUUGCAAACCUUGAAUGAUAAGAUUGAAAAAGCAACGGAGAAGGAUCUAGAUAGUUUGAAAGAGCAGUUUCCUAGAGGGGGAGCUUAUGGAAUUUUGGAAAAAUAUCCUCAUCUCUCUGAACAAUAUGAGGAUUUGGCUAUCAAAUAUGCCAAAAAAGGAAUUAUUGGCCCCCUGAAUGUUCUCUGGACCUACUUCUUCAUUUGCGGAAAUGACCAAAAAGCCGAGCAGAUUUGGAAUGACUAUUUGAAAAAUUCCCCAAGAAUAAUGUUUCAAAAAAUUGUUCAGAUAUCAAGGGAAGAGAGCAAUGAAGAAUUAGUCAAAAAGCUCAUUCAACAUUUGAAAACAAGUAACGUUACAGAAGGUGCCAUUGGAAAUGCUUACAGCUGUUUAUUAGAUGUGUUAGUUAAUAAGCAAAAAUAUGAGGAGGUAGUCAGUACCUUCGAACAAGCAACCAAAGAAGUCUCUGUAAAUCAUAUAAAUAGGACAGCAGUGCUCAGAGCCAAAGAAGCUUUUGAAAAAUUAGGAAAAUCCUUCAAUUACAUUGUACCCCCUCGAACGAAUAAAAGUCACCUGCAAGAUGUGGAAGAAUCGUCUUAAGUUUAAAUUUUGUCAAUGUAUUAUAUAAUAGUUUUUUUAAUAAAAUUGUGUUACAUUCAA